UGCGCCCGAAUCCAAACCCAACGCUCGCCCCCACGUACAGAUCGCACCCGAGCCAACCAAGCCAACACGAUCAUCGACCGCCUGAUCCACACGGGAUAUACACAUCACCAGGAGCCAGCACCCGGCCUGCAUCCCGACCAAAGCCAAGUACGCUACCACCACUGCUGCACCGCACCGACCGAGGGUGCAACGACAGCAGCAGCCGAAGAGCCGAGCGUGUAGCAGCUAGCAGAUGGUGUCCCUGCAGUCGGCGCUCCUACCGGAGGCCAGCAAGCGGCCGCCGUGCCUCUCCCUCGUGGGCAGCGCCGCCGUCGCCUCCACCGCCACCAGCAAGAAGCGGAAGCGGGACGGCGGCGGCGACGACGACCGCGACAACAGCCGCGGCGAGGUCGUGGACGGGAUCGAGCUCAAUUUCGACGCCGCGCCGCUGCCCCCCGAGUGGCAACGCUGCCUCGACAUCAAGUCGGGGCAGAUCCACUACUACAACACGAGGACGCAGAAGCGGACGUGGAAGGACCCCAGAGGCGAGCCGGACUACCGCGCCGCGCCGGCCGCCGCCGACGACGAGGAGGAGGACUCCGCGAAUUGCGCGCCGCCGGGGCUGGACCUGGAGCUGAACCUUACGUUCUCGCCGCGCCCGGCGCCCGCCCACCAGGAAAAGAAGAAGCCCAAGCCUGCCGCGCCGCCGCCGCAACCACCACCAGCAGCAGCAGUAGAGAGCCGUCGUCGUCAGCCCGCGGAGGCCGCCGCCGAGGACAGCCGGGAGAUGGUGGCGGCGGUGUGCGUGCGCUGCCACAUGCUGGUGAUGAUGUGCCGCGCCAGCCCCGCGUGCCCCAACUGCAAGUUCCUGCACACGCCGAGCCGCGCCGCGCCGCCGCCCGAGCCGGCGGCGCCCCUCAAGCUCGGCCUCCAGCUGCUCUGCUGCAGGGACUAGCACGAUCGGCCAACCAGACGGCCCCACCGACCGAGAGAGACGGUUCCAUCCCGUGCUUCUCGAUCGGCGCGCGUGCACGAGCUCCCUAGCUAGUAUGCCGCACGUGUACACGUAGCCACCUGAAUGUGCAAGUGCCAGGAUGCAAAGGAUGGAGCAGUAGUAACUAAAGGCCACUGUGAUGCUCGUAACUACUAUUACACUAGAUGAUGGGUACGUAAUCAAACAGGGUGGAGUUGAUCUCGAUCGUCCGGUGGGUAGUAGCACGGUCAGCUCGUCAGCCGGCCGGGGUACUCCGAUCCAUGGCGACGAGAUGAUUCAUGGUGAUGUAGAUAUAAUUGCAUAUAAAUGUAGCUCGGAACUUUCGGUACCUGUCACUUGCCCCCCUGCA